AUGUCUACUGCCGAAGAGGUUCGAAGUAGCUUCUCGCUUUUGGCCAAAAAUAUGUCGCGUCAAACUUUUGAUGAGCCAACUGUCACCAAUAUACAAGCCAAUGUCGUUCUGGCACUGUCGGAGUUUCUCUCUUGUUCAGGGUGUGGUUAUUGGACGUAUUCGGGAGCAGCAAUCCGAAUGGCCCAAGCAAUGCGGUUGAACCAAGAUUACCAUCAACGUCACUCUGCAAAAGAUCAAGAAAUUCGCCGACGGACAUUCUGGUCUUGUUUACUCCUAGAUAGAUUAAUUGCCUUCUGUCAUGCGAAGCCUCAGACUCUUUUGAUUGGAAACACCGACAUUGCUUUGCCAUGCCCGGAGACUACUUUCUACUAUGAGGAAAUUUCUAGUGGUCCAAAGCUAGAAGAUAUGAUUCCCUUCAAGGGACGCGCGGGGCCGAUAGGGAUGAAGGCAUUUUUCAUCACAACGGUCCAAUUAUGGAGCUCACUGGCGGAUAUACAUGUUCGCAAUGGCAGAAUGAAAGACGCAGCCCUCCCGACGGAUCCAAACAGUGAUUUUCACCAGCAUGUUAGAAGGCUAAAAUUGUGGAAGUCCUCGCUUCCUAUGAGAUUUGAGUGGUCUGAGCCUAAUUAUCGGUUGCAUUGUAGUCUCAAACAAGGCAAAAUGUUCGCAGCCAUGCAUUUCCUUCUACAAAGUGCUUUGUGUGUUGCCCAUCAAGGGCACCUCCCGCAGACUGAUGGCUCAUGCCUUUUCAUAGACAGUUUAGAUGGUACCGGAAGGACACUGGAACACCGAGAGCCGGAAUUGGUCUUGACCUGUGUGUCCCACGCGAUGGCCAUCGGGAGAAUGAUAUGCUUCUUUCUCGACGGCCGGGAUGAAGAUAAAAAAAAUAUUCAGACGCCUUUUGUCGCCACCUCCCUGCUCUCUGCUGCAAGCACACUGCUCUGGGUUUAUUAUGCUGACAAUACACCACAGUUCAGCGCAGAGCGAAUCGUUGCCAAGGAAUAUUUUGAUCUUUUUUCAGCCAUCUUCCGGACCUGGGAACCCCAGUGGAAAGCUGCAAAGGCGUGGGUCAAGUCCUUAGAGGCCAUCCAUGUUUUGUACCAGCGUGCUUAUGCACUUGUCAAUGAGGUUACAGAACCUGUUGAUGAUGAUUCUUUCUCAGCAAUAGAAAACCACGCUUUUACCACGUUCCGGCCAAAGCCUGGAGAUGGGUUUCCAAAUACAGGAAACAUCAAUAACUUAUACACCUCUCUGAGGUUGGCGAUGGUCAGUCCAAUAGAUACGGGAGCGCUUUUCGACCCGCAUUAUAUUCCCUUGACUGGCAUGUGGCUCAAUGACCUUGCCAAUGACAUAUGUCCCGAUAUUGCAGGGACAGAUAACUCUGUUCUUAAUUUAAAUAGUCGUUGA